AUGCAGUUAACCUAUCAAUUGGACCUGUUCCCUGAGUGCAUGGUGGUGGAUCCAUUCCAGUUACUCAUGGCAGCAAACAAAGUGGUCCACCUCUACAAGCCCAGGAAAAAGAAAACAAGAACUCUGUACACCGAAUUAAUUUUCAACCUCUCCCCCAACAACAGUAUCUCAUGGACCUUGAAGAAGUUUGGCAUCUCAGACAAUGACACCUCAGUUUUAAUCGUGUACAUCGAAGAAGGAGAAAAGCAAAUGAAUCCAGAAGACCUUAUAUCUCAGGUGGAUAGUUACCAGGUCUCCUCUGACAAGCUUCCAGAAAUAACAGAAAUGACCAGACUAAAAAAGACAUACAAACUGACUUCCAAAGAAGAAAAGAUCAGGACGUUACUAGAAAGUAUCAUUUGCAAAAUGUCAACUAAAGAUGUUUUAUAA